GUCUCAAGUGUGCUCAUCUACUCGGCACAGGAGCCAGAGGCAGCACAGGAGGCGAAUGCACCCGGCCUGGCAGAGGUGCCACAGCAGCCAGCUGAGCGGCCACGGGAGCGGCCAGAGAAACAGGUCGAGCCGCCAGUUGCACCUGCUGAUGAGAGUCCAAAGCCAGCGCAGCCAAAGCAGCCGGUGGGACCUUCAGGCCAGGAUAAGGAGCGAAAAAGCAUGGAAGUUCCGACUCCGAGCCAAGCUACUGUCCACCAGCCCACGGUCGGCAACUGCAGCAAUGCCGUGCCGACAGUGGAGAGGAUUGAUGCAUGCCGAAAGGCCAAGGUCAUUGUUGCUGGGACCGUCGUGCAAGAGGAGCUGGUGACGGAGGCUGCACUCCGAACUGAGCUGGCAAGUCAAACUGAGAGCAAGCAUGAUGGCGGAAUGAUGCCAGUGCCUGUGGGAGCCGCCAGCUAUUCAGCCGCCCAUAAAGCAGAAUCAGUGCUCUUGGUGAACAGAUCAGGGGCAGAAGUAUUUGAAGAGGCUGUGCAGAGCGAGUUGGAGACACGACCCGGGGCAGCGACACCCGUCUCAAGUGUGCUCAUCUACUCGGCACAGGAGCCAGAGGCAGCACAGGAGGCGAAUGCACCCGGCCUGGCAGAGGUGCCACAGCAGCCAGCUGAGCGGCCACGGGAGCGGCCAGAGAAACAGGUCGAGCCGCCAGUUGCACCUGCUGAUGAGAGUCCAAAGCCAGCGCAGCCAAAGCAGCCGGUGGGACCUUCAGGCCAGGAUAAGGAGCGAAAAAGCAUGGAAGUUCCGACUCCGAGCCAAGCUACUGUCCACCAGCCCACGGUCGGCAACUGCAGCAAUGCCGUGCCGACAGUGGAGAGGAUUGAUGCAUGCCGAAAGGCCAAGGUCAUUGUUGCUGGGACCGUCGUGCAAGAGGAGCUGGUGACGGAGGCUGCACUCCGAACUGAGCUGGCAAGUCAAACUGAGAGCAAGCAUGAUGGCGGAAUGAUGCCAGUGCCUGUGGGAGCCGCCAGCUAUUCAGCCGCCCAUAAAGCAGAAUCAGUGCUCUUGGUGAACAGAUCAGGGGCAGAAGUAUUUGAAGAGGCUGUGCAGAGCGAGUUGGAGACACGACCCGGGGCAGCGACACCCGC